CUUAGGCUGUCCACUAUCUGGAGUUACGAAAUACAGAGGACACACACAUCUUGGACAUCAGCCAGGCUGUAACAUUAAGGAGACCUCUGAGGAACCUUGAAGCUGAACUGGAAACUUCUCUAAUAAAUCUGUUGACUGGUACCUGAGUCUUUCUGACCUGAGGACAUAUACCGGUUUGAUUCUUCGACCAAAUAUCAUGAAGUCUCGGCGACCCAGCUGCACUGACUCUGGAUCCGAGUCCUCAGAACCAGACUCCAAGAGCCCGGAGAAAUAUGAGACCGCCACGAGGCGCCGGAUGGCUGCCAAUGCCAGAGAGAGGAAGAGGAUGCAGGGCUUGAACACAGCCUUUGAUCGCUUACGUAAAGUGGUCCCCCAGUGGGGCCAGGACAAAAAACUGUCCAAGUAUGAAACCCUGCAGAUGGCUCUCAGCUACAUCAUGGCCCUCAACCGGAUCCUGACAGACGCCAGGAAACACAACUCUGCUCCUCACAGGCAGUGGCUGGACCUGCAGUUUGACUGUGUGCAGCCUGAAAACUACCCCUGCCUCAUGAGGUACGACUCUCCCACUGAACAGGACUACAUCCACUCGUCCUUCUCGUAUCAGUUCGAUGGCCAUCAGGUCCACGGAUAAACUGCUGCCAAUUGGUAGAUAAUCAGUCAUGUUGUUGGAUGUGAGUGACAAUGUGAAUAUUUCUCCUUCAAUCCAGGAGACAGUAAAUACAUUUGUAUUGCAUUAUUUUAUUUUUGCAUUUAUUUAGUUUUUGUAUGUAUGACUAAAAGACUUCUAUUUCACUUUGAAGUCGUUUUUAUUUUUGCUAGGAAACCCAGCAAUGUUGAGCAUUUUUUUUGUUCAAAGUAUAGUAGCAAUGACAGAAUUGUUGUUGUGUCAUCAUAAUGACCACUAGAUUGUAAGGAAGAUACAGUGUAUUUGUUUCUAUCAGUUAUUUUGAUACGGCCCUAAAAUGUUGUGCAAUGUUCAAUGGAUUCUGAGAAAAUCAUUGUGGUCUUAGUUGCAUAGUCAAAGUCAAAUUAUGUAACUAUUUUGUCAAAGUGUAAGUACGUGUUUGUGGAGUUGGAAAAUCAAUGUUAUUUUUCACAUGCAGACCUCUAUUUUGUUGAAUUAUAG